UUUCGAGAAAUUAAGGGGUUUUUUCCGUACAUUAUUAUAAAAUGAUGGCUAGGGUUUUAUACCAGACCUCCUUGAGCAGCUGUUAUCGACUCGUUCGCCGCAGAAGUGACAAAAGAGGAGGAGGAGGAUGUCUCACAGGAAGUUUGAGCACCCCAGGCAUGGAUCCCUUGGAUUUCUUCCAAGGAAGAGAGCUUCCCGACACAGGGGAAAAGUGAAGGCUUUCCCUAAGGAUGACCCAAGCAAGCCCUGCAAGCUUACUGCCUUUUUGGGUUACAAGGCUGGGAUGACACAUAUUGUCAGGGAGGUCGAGAAACCUGGAUCAAAGCUUCACAAGAAGGAGACAUGCGAAGCUGUGACGAUUAUUGAGACCCCUCCAAUGGUUGUUGUCGGUGUUGUUGGUUAUGUUCGAACACCACGUGGUCUUCGCUCUCUCAACACUGUCUGGGCUCAGCAUCUCAGUGAGGAGGUCAGGAGAAGGUUCUACAAGAACUGGUGCAAGUCGAAGAAGAAGGCUUUCACAAAAUACUCAAAGCAGUUUGAAAGCGAGGAGGGAAAGAAAAAUAUCCAAGCACAGCUUGAGAAAUUAAAGAAAUAUGCAACUGUUGUUAGGGUUUUGGCACACACUCAGAUUAGAAAAAUGAAGGGGUUGAAGCAGAAGAAAGCACACCUUAUGGAGAUUCAGGUGAAUGGUGGGACUGUUGCACAGAAGGUGGACUUUGCUUACAGCUUCUUUGAGAAGCAAAUUCCUGUGGAUGCUGUUUUCCAGAAGGAUGAGAUGAUUGACAUCAUUGGUGUCACAAAAGGUAAAGGUUACGAAGGUGUUGUUACUAGGUGGGGUGUAACCCGCCUUCCUCGUAAGACCCACAGGGGUCUCCGAAAGGUGGCUUGUAUUGGUGCCUGGCAUCCUGCCAGAGUCUCAUUCACUGUUGCGAGGGCUGGUCAGAAUGGAUACCACCACCGUACUGAAAUGAACAAGAAGAUAUAUAAGCUUGGCAAGACUGGACAGGAGUCCCACACUGCCAUCACCGAGUUUGACAGGACCGAGAAGGACGUCACUCCAAUGGGUGGCUUCCCUCACUAUGGUGUGGUAAAGGAUGAUUAUUUGUUGAUUAAGGGAUGCUGUGUUGGACCUAAGAAGAGAGUUGUUACUCUUCGUCAGUCCCUACUUAAACAGACAUCUCGAGUUGCUCUCGAGGAGAUCAAACUCAAGUUCAUCGAUACCUCCUCCAAGUUUGGGCAUGGUCGUUUCCAGACAACACAGGAGAAACAAAAGUUCUUUGGACGACUCAAGGCGUGAUUACACAAACUGUUCAAGGCUUUUGGAUCAUUACAUUAGACAAGGCAGUUUCUGUUUCCAUUCAAAUGAGAUACUUUAUUAUGAUUUGUAUUUGUUGUUGGGGAUUUUGUACUGCCUGCUGUCAAUUUUGUUUUUUUAUUUUCAGUGGUUUACUUUGGCAAUCUGUGGACCAAAAUUAUAGCAACUCUUCUGGUUUGAUAUUGAACUUUAGUUUGAAUUCAAUGAUCCCCGUUCCAUUUCCA